AUGUCUCGGGGGGCUGCUUCUAGGCUGCAUAAUAAUGCUCUUUUCAGAGUGGAUUCUGGAGUGGAAACACGUGGAUUCCUGGACGAUUCCACCAAACAAGUCGAGUGGGGCGAAGCCCACCUUCUCGCAGGACUCCACGAGUUUCUGUCAACUUAUAGCAAAAGACCUAUCAAGAGAAAUGUGCUUGGAAUGAGGCUAGAUCACUCAUUUGGACUUUGGUUUCUGGCUCGUCAACUUGAACCAGAGAUUAUUAUCGAGAGUGGUGGUCUGAGGGGUCACACAACUUGGGUUUUACGCCAAGCAAUGCCUGACGCGAGAAUUAUUUCAAUUAGUCCCGAACACCCUUUGUCACAUUUAGAAGAUGGCCUUGGAGCAUAUGUUGACUCCAACUGCGAGUACCUUACUGGAGAGAAAUUUGUGGAUUUUGGAUAUGUACGUUGGGAUAGACACCUUCAGCAAGAUGCUGAUAGGAGAAAAAUUCUAGUGCUUUUUGAUGACCACCAAAAUCAUCUCAAAAGAAACAGUCAGGAAGCUCGAACCAGAAAUUUGAGGAAGAAAAUGUGGGAAAAUGCAGUAAACAUAUCAGAUCUCUGCAGUCGAGGAGGAGCAUGGUGGGGAAAGCAAGGUCGUGCUUACGACAACUUUGGGAAAACCAAUGCUCCCAUCUCUUACGAGCAACAUGUGAAGAACUUUCAUCUCCUCGAGUCCAUACUUGACACGUACUGGGAACUUCCCCCGUUGGCCGCUGCAUAUUUAACACGUCAAACCACUUUUGAUCCCGCAAGAACAAGUUGGCCACUUGUUUUUAACUUGAAAGACACCUCCAUCUUCAGUAAAAUUGGGUUUGAUAAGUGGCUCUUCAACGCGUAUGCUUACAUGGUAUAUGCUCGCUUGAAAAAUGAUAUACCUUCCGAAUUCCAAUUAGAAAUUGAGCAGGAAUGGGUCGAUAACCUUGGAACAGAUCCCAAAUAUUAA